AUGGGUGUCAUUAACACGAACACGACCGGGCCAUGGUGGUUGUCCAUGGUUGUCAUCUCCUGCUUUAACUUCCUCUACUUCAGGCACGUUCGACUCCGUGCCCGGCAGGCUCAUACGCCUCAGGACCGUCGUUACCAGCGCUAUCUGAGGAACCUGUGUGUGCCCUUUCUCUUUGAGUGCGCCUGGCGAAGUUGUUUUCCAAGCCUCUACAACGAGCGGCAGGUGCUCUUCGACACGCCCUUGAACGCUAUCCUUCUCGACCGCAGUCUCGCUGCUGUGGGAGAGCUGUGCUGGGUUCUGCAGAUCUGCCUAAUAUUGGAGCAGCUGGCGACAGACCUGCGACAGCAUUGGAUGAAGGGCUGCUGUGGCAAGUUCUUUGUAGAACUCUGCAGCAUGCUGAUGGCUCUCCUCGCCUUCACUGGAGAGGUCUUCUCCUUCUUAGGCACCUUCACUACCAAUGCCUACUUCGAGGUUCUGGAAGCCAUCUGCUGGUGCUCCCUGUUCGGCCUGGCCUCCCUCGCUUCCCUGACGCUUUUGGUGCGGACGCACAUGGCCGGAGCGGGUGGGGUGGCUGCCAAGCGCUUCAUGGCCGUUCUGGCCCUGCAGGGCUUCUUCUAUUGCCCCUACAUGAUCCUCUUCAACAUUCCGAUGUACUUCCGAAUUUGGCGACAUGAUGAAGAGCAGGGCAAGACAUAUCUGACUGUGCUGGAGGGCAUUGUGGACUCUGCGAGGACCCGUGUAAGAUGCCAAGAAUGGAGCUGCUGGAAAGAUGACUGGUUUUGGAUGUCUUUCUACUUCUCCUUCGCUGUAUGGAGCAGCAUUUGCAUGAUGUACGCUCCCAGACUGAGAUUCCCGCAGUUGACGGGCCGCGCUGGAGCGGCGUAG